CGGUUCGUACACAGAAUCGUCGAGCUCUACGAAGCGAAGGAGGUAAAUCCGACGGAACGCAAACGACCCCGAAGUUCUAAGCCGAGUCGCAGUUAUUGCUGGCCAAUAACUCGACCUAUACCUAUACUGUUGAUCAGUUUAAACGACAAAAAACUACUUCAAGUUAUUUAACCCAACCGUUUGGAGAACCAAGUAUUUGUAAUUUAUCAUGAUGAUUACCAUGACUGAAGCUUUGGAUAGCCUUGCUCAAGUUGCUACGGACCAACUUUUUGGUUUUGAUACCGCCAGUCUUCUCACACCUCAGCUUGCUCGCCAAGUUCCUCAACUAAGCGCCGAGGAAUUUUCAUUUGUUCACGCCGGCAUGGAUGAACCAACGAAUAUUUUUGGUGAGCCGGUUGAUUUCCACGACACUUCUGUUCCAGGAGAUCUUGACCUGGAUUACACUGUGCCAGACGUAAAGCAGGAGGGUGCAAACCAGUCUGUCAAAGCCUGCCAACAGCGUUUGGCUCACUUUAAAGUCCCAAGUCUACAUGAUGUGAUUUCGGGACCGACUGGAUCGACUCCACCACCGAGCGGACACGCUUCUCCUUACAGUUCUCCUGCUCACAAUCUGUGGAUUCCUGACCGCACAGUUCUUACUCCCUUGAUCAGUCAGGCUGGAACUACACCUUGGAGCACAUUUUUCUCGGACACAAAGCUUCCAAUGUCCCAGGAAGUAAGUUCGGCACCAAACAAGGUACAGACUCCUACUCCACAAGAACUUCCACAAGAGCAGGUGGCAGUCUCAGCAGCAAACAACCCACAGACCAACUUUUACCAGCGACCUAUUCAACAACCAGUGAACUCUAAUUCACCGAUGUUUAUGCAAGCUACAGCCACACUGAACAUGAAAUGGCCAAUACUUAGUGGUCCUUCUCCAUUUCCUACCACAAUGUCUCCAGAUCACUCUGCAAUGAUGGACAAGCUCCUUCUGCACACCACAACUCCUUCUGACUUUCUUACUACGCCACCAAAACCUGUUCAAAGAGGUCGCCCUGCCAAGGCUGGUUCUGCUAUACUGAAAGCAAAGCGUAACAACCCUGCUGAUGGGCGCUCACGAACACCACCAAGUGAGCGGCCUUAUGCAUGCCCAGUUGAUACAUGCCCACGAAGGUUCUCAAGGUCUGAUGAACUGACACGCCACAUGCGAACCCACACUGGACAGAAACCAUUCCAGUGUAGGAUCUGCAUGAGGAACUUUUCCCGUUCAGACCAUCUGACAACUCACAUCCGUACACACACUGGUGAGAAACCUUUUGCCUGUGACACAUGUGGUCGACGAUUUGCACGAUCUGAUGAACGCCGUCGCCACAUGAAGAUCCAUUUGAGAGAACAAGCUAAAAAAGAGGAGGAAGCCAGAAAAGCCAUGGCUCAAAGUAAUGGAACUGUUUCACCCAUCCAGAGCCGGUCUCCUCAAUCAACACCAUCACCCCUUCAGGUCCCAGUGACCUCGGUGAACUCUUUUUAAAGUAUUUGCCACAAACAUUUGACAGUGCAGGCACUGUUUCAACACUACAGUUUUAAGAACAUUACGGUUUUGAAGAACUCUUAUUAUGAUAAGUGCCUUAUGUUUUGAGGAACAUUUGUGUAUAUUAUUUCAAGGAAGAAUUUUAAAGGAAGGCUGGUCCUUUGUACAGAUUUUCAUUAUGCAGGUUUUGCAAGGUACUGGAAGUGCCAUAAUAAUGCUUAAUGUAAGGUAUUUUUUCAGUUAUGGAGUUUUAUGUUAGCAUACAGCUGGUCUCUGUAUUUCUUUGAGCUAACAUAACCUUCAUGAAAACAGUGAUCUGUUUCGCUAAUUGGUGUUAUUGUUUAUCAAGACAAAGUGCCCCAUGGCACUCUUCACAUGCAAAUCUAGUUGUAUUUAUAAGUUGAGAAAAUUCAGAAUUAGGCUGGUCCUAAUGUACAUAGUUUUAUGUGCAGAUCAUUCUAGACACUUAGUGUCUUACUAGGCCUAUUUUUCAUACAAAUAUGAAAUAGAAACAAAAAAUACAGCUGGUUUCUGUAUACAAUUUAACGUAAGAUAUUUUGUGUAAAGAAGUUAAGUAUUGCCAAAUUGUUCUCCUUGGUACAGUAGAUAUAAUUAUACAUAAUUUUUUUCAUAACUAGAAAUCAAAUUUACAAGAAUUCAUAGCUUUUUUUGAUAUUCAUGAGUACUCACAUACGGGUUUAACCCAGUUGUAUAAACAUUUAUAGAUGUUGACUGUUUAUCAAGGAGAAUGAUUUUUUUCAAAAUGUCAGAGAUUAUAACAAACUAAGUAAAAGUCAAGCUGGUCAUUGACUCGAUAAACACAGUGCUGGUCACUUAAAGAUAAUAACAAUAAAAGUUGAAAAGAUUUGAAGAA